AUGUCUGAGUGGAAGUGCCUCAUCUGUGUCAGUUUUUUGCUGACCUUGCUCCUUGAACUGACAUACCAGGGACCCCCUGAUCCCUCCUCAUCAAGCACAAAGCUGUUGAUGACAAGCUAUUCCAUCCGUUCCACUGUGGUGUCUCGCUAUGCUCAUACCUUGGUCACCUCUAUCUUGUUCAAUCCACACCCUGAGGCCCAUGAAGCCAUCUUUGACCUGAAUCUGCCUCGCCUUGCCUUUAUCUCCAAUUUCACCAUGACCAUCAACAAUAAAGUCUAUGUUGCAGAAAUCAAAGAGAAGCACCAGGCCAAGAAAAUUUAUGAGGAAGCUCAUGAGCAAGGAAAGACAGCUGCUCAUGUAGGCAUCAGGGACCGGGAAUCAGAGAAAUUCCGAAUCUCUACUAGUCUGGCAGCUAGGACAGAAGUAAUAUUUGCCCUAUCCUAUGAGGAACUGCUCCAGCGACACCAAGGCCAGUACCAGUUGGUGGUGAGCCUGAGGCCUGGUCAAUUGGUGACAAGACUGAGUGUAGAGGUCACUGUGUCAGAAAGAACAGGGAUCGCCUAUGUGCAUGUGCCACCGCUGAGGACGAGCUGGCUGCGCACCAACGACCGUGCAAGUGAGGCUGACACACCCCCAUCCACCAGGAUUGAGAGAGGAGAGACCUGUGUUCGAGUUACCUUCUCCCCAACAAUGCAUGAGCAAUCUGCGUCCUCCAGCUCGGGCAUCAUGGCUGACUUCAGAGUCCAGUAUGACGUGACCAUGGAGAACAUCAUUGGGGAUGUGCAGAUUUAUGGAGGCUAUUUCAUUCACUACUUUGCCCCCAGGGGGCUCCCACCUGUGGAGAAGAACGUAGUGUUUGUUAUUGACGUGAGCGGCUCCAUGUUUGGGACCAAGAUGAAGCAGACUAAAAAAGCCAUGAAUGUGAUCCUCAGUGAACUGCGAGCCAAUGACUACUUCAACAUCAUCUCCUUUUCUGACACAGUGAGUGUGUGGAAAACUGGAGGCUCCAUCCAGGCCACCACCCAGAAUAUUCACAGUGCCAAAGACCACCUGAGUCACAUGGAAGCAGAUGGUUGGACUGACAUCAAUGCAGCUCUGCUGGCCGCUGCUUCAGUACUGAACCAUAGUAACCAGGAGCCUGGAAAGGGCCCUAGUGUGGGGAGGAUCCCUCUUAUCAUGUUCCUGACAGAUGGAGAGCCCACAGCUGGCGUGACAACCCCCAGUGUGAUCCUCUCCAAUGUCCGUCAGGCACUGGGACACAGGGUAGCUCUUUUCAGCUUGGCCUUUGGGGAUGAUGCCGAUUUCCCUCUGCUUCGUCGCCUGUCCCUGGAGAAUCGAGGAGCAGCCAGACGAAUAUAUGAGGACGCGGAUGCAGCUUUGCAGCUAGAGGGCCUCUAUGAGGAAAUCUCCAUGCCUCUGCUGGCAGAUGUGCGUCUGGACUACCUAGGUGGUUUGGUGGGGUCUUACCCUUGGGCUCUAUUCCCCAACUACUUUGGUGGCUCAGAACUAGUUGUGGCUGGCCAGGUACAGCCAGGUAAACAGGAGCUAGGCAUUCACCUAGCAGCUCGUGGCCCCAAAGGUCAGCUGCUUGUGGCCCGUCACAGUGAAGAAGCCACCAACAAUAGCCAGAAUGCCUUUGGUUGCCCAGGAGAGCCUGCUCUCAAUGUGGCCAGCUUCAUCCGCCGCCUCUGGGCCUAUGUUACCAUUGGAGAGCUGCUGGAGGCACGCUUCCAAGCCCGUGACACCACCACUCGCCAUCUGCUGGCUGCCAAAGCUCUCAAUCUAUCCCUUGAAUACAACUUUGUCACGCCUCUGACCUCACUGGUCAUGGUGCACCUCAAAGAGGCCCAAGAGGAUGCCACAAGGCAGCCAUCUAUCACAGAUGGACCAGGUACUGUCACACCCUCAUCCAAGAACAGCCAUGGUCUAGGAACAGGCCCUGCUCGACCACUUUUGGUGCCCAAGGUCUCCCCCAAAUCAAGACCUGUGAAACCAACCUUACCUACCACAGUCUCUAUGAAGAAGUCAUUGGGUCAGAGCUCUAGUGGUCUAUCAACAUCAACACACUCAAAGCCCAAAACUCCAGCACUAGAUUCUGGCACCUUGGCACCGUCAAUUGUCAAGAUGAAACCUGUUGCCCUCAUGCCUACAAAUUCUACUGCUCUGUUGACACAGAAACCUACUGCUCCAUCACGGCAGAAUCCUGGUAUUGUAGCACCCAUGAAUUCUAAAACACAAAUCCCACCUCUGAAUCCUGGCAUCCCAGUGCAAACCAAAGCUAGUCCUAUGAAACAGCAUUACAAACCCAGUACUCCAUCACAACCUAAACCUGAUGUUCUAGCACAUCCCCAACCCGAAGUACUCAUAUCACAGUCCCCCAAACACCCACCACAGCCCAGACCCACCUCCAUACUUCAGAUCUCCAAACCUUCACCACAAGCCAGACCUAAAGUUCCUGCUCCCAAGAUCUCCCAAAUUCCACCACACACUAGACCUGGAAUCCUCUUACCCAAGUCCCCUAAAAUCCCUCCACUUCUUAAGCCUAAUACUCCACCUCAUCAGACUCCCACAAGUUUAUCACUUUCCAAACCUGGAACCCCAAUACCCCAUACACCCCAAAUGCUGCUACCUCCUAGACCUUCCAAACCUAGGCCUCCCCCUCCUCAGAGCCUUAGCACAUUCUCAAACACUGUCUCAAGCACCACAGGUUCUAUCAGUACCGUGACCAUCUCUAUUCUUGGAGAACCUCUCCCCACUCCCUUUACCCCCACAUUGCCUUCUUUGCUGCCCAUUGGAAGGCUCUGGCAUCAACAAGACAUGCUUCUAGGACCCCAAAGCACCAGCACUCUCCCUGAAGCCAUCAGUCUGCUCCAUCUCCCAGAAGAGCUAGAGCUGCUAUCUGAAUCAGUGAUGGAGUCCAAGUUUGUGGAGUCCUUGAACCCACCAGCUUUCUAUACCUUCCUCACUCCUGAUAAAAAUGGAAGUCCACAUGGGGGUGGCGAUUCUGAGGAGACUCUGAGAGGAGCUGAAGGCAGCAUGGAAUCACAGGAAAAUGUUGUAGAGCUAGCAAAAGGCACAUUGCCAAGCAUCUUCACCUUCUCAUCUUCUGUGGAUGGAGAUCCCCAUUUUGUGAUCCACAUCCCACACUCAGAAGACAAGAUAUGCUUUACAGUGGAUGGGCGUCCGGGAGACCUCCUGCAGCUCAUAGAAGACCCAAAGGCAGGGUUACAUGUAAAUGGGAAGCUGCUUGGGGCACCACCAAGACCAGGCCAUGAGGACCAGACCCGCACAUACUUCCAGAUCAUCACAGUCACUACAGACAAGCCUGGGGCCUAUACCAUCACCAUCAGCCGCAGUUUCAUAUCUGUGAGAGGUGAAGGCACCUUGCGCCUGUCCUGGCACCAACCUGCCCUGGUGAAGAAACCCAACUUGGAGCUCCAUGUGACUUCUGCUGCCCGUCUCACCCUCCGCCUUGGGCCGUACCUGGAGUUCCUGAUUCUCCGGCACCACUACAGACAUCCCAGCACCUUGCAACUAUCCCACCUGGGGUUCUAUGUGGUCAAUGGCUCAGGUCUCAGCUCCUUGGCCCGUGGCCUGAUGGGGCAAUUCCAGCACACAGACAUCCGCCUGAUGACAGGGCCAAAAGGACCUUACCUGAAGAGGCAACACAGCCCAGAUGUGCCUGUGGUUAUAGGCAAGAGAUUGCUGAAGGACUCACCAAGACUGUUGCCCCGCUGGACUUCCUGCUGGCUGGUGACACGUUCUCAUGUAGAACAGUUGCUUGGCCAGCCCUACCUCACCUAUGUCCUGUGAUAGGUCUGGAACUUCAGAGCCAGGAGGACAGAAUUUGGGAGACCCAGGGGUUUGGGCAUGUAGUGAGCCAAAGACAAAAAGACCUGGGACCAUGGAGGCACACACAGAGAAACAUCUGUAAACCUAGAAUAUCAGAGACUCUUGUCUUCUCAGGGCCUCUCCUAUGUCUAGUUUCUACUCCAUAUUCCACAUCAUCACUGGAAGAGAUAUUCUUUUAAAAUGGAUUGUGUGGCUAGACUUGCUCACAAGUUUCUCUGGCUCCCAUGGUGCAUUUAAGGCUCCUGGAGGUUACCUAACAAGUCAUAUUCUGUCCCAUCAGAGGGCCUUUGCAUGACUUAUUCCUUCCACAUGACACUUCCUUUGCCCCAUAUAGGUAAAUUUAAUUCAUAGUUUGAGGCUUACUUAUUACCUCCUGUGGGCCUUCCUUGGCUCCUCACCUAGAUUGAGUUUGUUCCCCCCCUCUGUGUCUUCUCCAGGCUCACAGCACUCAUCAUAUGAUGUGCAAAUCAUCUACUUACUCAACUACAUCCCUAAGACUGUAAGCUAUUUCACACAAAGGACCUUUUCUG